UUCUUACUGAAUAUCUCGAUAGGUGCAAGCUAAGACAUUCCAAUAUGUUUUACAAGUGGAGAACUCAUAAUGAAGGUAAACGAAUGGGAACAAAUAAUUCUGGCCUGGGUUCAACAGGAAUAUUUAUGAUAACCCAAGGCAAUCAAGGGCCUGAUAAUGACAAGAUCAUUUCAUUAAGGCCUCUUGGAUAUUACAAAGGAGAUAAGCGUGAUCUUAAUGAGAGUUUGAAAUAAGCUCCAGGCUCUCAAUAACAAUUCUUUACAAAAUACCAAUGAUUCAGCAAUACCAACACAUCUAAGAAAAAGAGAUGAUUAUAGCGACUGUGAGCUUUCACUAGAGUCGGACAAUGAAGAAGAAUUUGAAGCAGAAGCAAUACAGUACCUAGAAGGGUUACUCAGAUUGGAAGUACCUCCGGUGCUAAUCUACAUUCCAACUGAGAAAGUCAUGAGACAGCUAAUACUCAUGAACCUUUAA